AUCUCUGCAGACUGCAGACGGCAUAGAGCAAGCAACUACCGCCGGUAUUGCCAAUCCAUUCUCCAGGCUAGCUGCCUUUGCCAUGGGCCAUGGCAUGAGGUGGUUGCGUCAAACAAUUCCUGCUGCGGCUCAAUGGGGGCUGGCUUGAUGUGAGGGGUUAAGGACGUACUCACUGGAGUUGGUUGGCAGAAAGCAUCGUUCAUUCAUGCAACAUCCUUGCGAGCGAUCGGCAAAGUGUGGCAUACAUGGAAGGCGGGUUAGACUCUCUGUUUUUGACGGGAUAUGAGCAGCUUGGCUGGGAGCAGACAGACCCUGCUCUAUGGGAACCAGAGCCUCUCGUGGGCGGAAGGAUACCUGCUCUUCCCUCGCCACCAAAACUCUCGCUGAACCUGGAGGCUUUCGGAAUUCCCGAUGCAGACUUUCCGUUGCUGACAAUUCCGCUGUAUACAAGCACUGCUGACUCGAGCCAUGUCUCAGCGGGUGAAAGACUUGAUGCUGAAGGAGCCACGUCGUCCCUGGCCGCAGCGGGCGCAGAAGGUCCAGGGAGGGGCAAGCGCGUUGACUCUAGCAAGAAUGCGGAGAACAGUUCUUUGCCAACCGAACCGAAAGACCAGAAGAAGAAGAUACGAAGGAGGCUUUCGAACCGGGAGUCUGCACGUCGGUCACGAGCGCGGAGACAAAGCCAACUGGACACGUUAGAAGUUCAAGUUGCGGAGCUGCGGGUAAGUAAUGCAGCACUCUUGAAGAAAGCACAGGAUGCUGCCCAGGGCCUAGCAGAGCAUUCAAAAAACAACGAAGCCAUGAGAGAAGAGAUUGCCAUGCUGCGACAAACAUUAGACGAGUGGACUCGUCGAGGAGGCCAUGUCGAAGAGUUGAAAGAAGUUGAAUCUGUUCGGGUGAAGGAGGAGGUCUAGUCCAUCAGGUCGUCGACAGCUACCCUCAGAUUUGCUCUAUUUCCAUGGGAUACAUGUCUUUAGAUCGGGAUACACGUCUUCAGGAUCGUUUCCACUUUCCAGACCAGUUCAUUCAGCCACUGUCGUAAGGUCUACUCUUCGUUGCUGACAUAUGUAGUCAGAUAUAGCAGAAAGCAAGAUAGAUAUCAAGUGCUCGAGAUCAUUGGAGAAUGCUUAAACAUGCAAGGCUCUGUAGAUAGGACAACUACCUUUUGUGAAGCAAGCUUCGCGCGUAUGUUGUGCUUGGAACUCUUCUAGUCAGAUUCUUCUAAUCGUUUCAUGGUAAGUGAAAAGUCGCAUGCGAU